GGCACGAGGCAGCUGAAGACACAGUCAGAACGGGCCACCUGCCUCGGGGUCUUUGCACUGAAGUGUUUUAUCGCUUUUUAGGAUUUGUUUAUGCUGAAACCCCUUAGACCCUUGAGAUCACAAAAGAAGGCACUCAAAGACACUGAAUGCUCCAAAGAUGAACACCUCCAACACCGCAGACUGCGUCAAUUUUACAGCAGAUUUCCAGUUCUACCUCCUCCCAAUAACCUACUCCCUGGCGAUGACCUUGGGAUUGCUGGGCAACCUGGGGGCCCUUUACAUCUUCCUCUUCAAAAUGGACCAGAAGUCUCCUUCCAAUGUCUACAUCAUCAGCUUGGCCAUUGCCGACACCGUUUUCCUGUGCGCUCUGCCGUUCCGUGUCCACUACCACCUGAACGAGAACGACUGGGUAUUCGGGGAUGUCAUGUGCCGGGUCACGGGGACGGUCUUCUAUGCCAACAUCUACAUCAGCAUCGCCUUCAUGACCUGCAUCUGCCUUGACCGCUACAUAGCUACUAUCCACCCUCAUACGUACCUGCAGUUGAGGAACACUCGGUGGGCCCAAAUGGUGACGGCUGGGGUCUGGUUGGUCACCGGUCUGGCAGCCUUGACCUUCAUGGUGACCUGCCCGCUGGGCACUCCUGCGACCCAAAGUAAUGGGACAAAGCGCAGGAACUGCUUCGAGAACUUCACGCAGGACGAGUGGUUGACCAGCCUGGUGCCGUACAGCACUUUCAGCCUGGUCUUCGGUGCCUUGCUGCCCUCAAUAGUCAUCCUGGUCUGCUACCCUCUGGUGGCUCGGCGGAUUGCGCGCAUCAAGACAGCCACGGCCCGUAGCGCUCUGAGGGUCAUCUAUGCCAUCCUGGCCAUCACUGUCCUUUGCUUCCUGCCCUACCAUGUGGUCCACUUGCUGCACCUCCUGUGGCGCACAAAAAUCAUCACUAACUGCCUGGCAGCAAACGUCAUCUACAAGGUUCGGCGGGUGACCAUGGCUCUGGUCAGCAUUAACAGUGUGCUGGACCCAGUGCUCUACUACUUUGCGACAGGCCGCUGCAAGUGGACCUUUAAAUGGAACUUCAGGUGGCUGAAGCUGAAUAGGAGGAGGGGUGUCUACACCAUCUCCGACAACUUAAAAGACCACUGGUGGAAAUGACUUCACUUCAGUGGUCAAUCAAGCAGGACGGUAAACCAUAGUGGGGUCUUCAAAACAAGUACACCUGGUCUUUCAUGAAUUGCCUAAAAAGGCAGAGUAACCAUUGCAAGAAAAGAACCAUCCAGAGUUCUUGUCUGCCCAAAAACAGGACCUACAGGCCCUAAUGGGGGACCUCAUGGUCUACUGCUUCUCCAUGGGCCGUGGCAAGUGGAGAUUUAAAUGUAACUUCAGAUGGCUGAAGCCCAGACAUCUAUGCCAUCUCUGAUGACUUGAGAGUGGUAGAAAUUACAGACAUUUGAUAAUAUGAGGACACUCUGCUGUGUUGUAUAGUUAAGUACUGUGGCACAAGAUGCAAGAAAGUGUUAAAAGAGUUACAUGAUGUAUUACCUAAUGAUUGUACUGCAGGGAUUUAGAGAAAUCAAAACAUCCAGAACCACUAUUAGGGGCUGGGUAUCAGUCAAGGCUUGAUACAGAUACCAACACCAAGACCUUGGCUCCGAUGCAGAUUCCUUGUUCAUACUACACUUCUUUUAUAUACAGUAUAGAGUAAUGCUGUAAUGUGCAAAAGUCAAGCAAUUUGUUUAAAA